AUGUUCACCGGUGCAGUGGUCUGGCGAGGUAUCAUCUUUACGAUUUUGAUGCUUAUCGGGAAGCUUGUGACAGGCAUAUGGCUCAUCCGCAUUGCUGCUCCCCCUGGCACUAUGAUGACAAAAAUCAAGGCGUUCCUGAGCCAUUUGAAUGGACCACAAUGGAGCUGCUUGGGAUUGGCAAAAUCUGCAAAGUGCUCCAAUUCAGAGGCAAGGAACACAGCCAACGAUUCAGGAUCGAAACCUAUGCCCGAUGUUCGCAUCGCUCUCGCCACGGAUAGCGAACAAGGCCCCAGACAGUCCAGCGACGGACCCUCGCAAACUCUAGCUCUGUACUGCCUAUAUCUCCAAAAGCGACCAUUUCGACGACAAAGCCGCGCUCCCUCUAUCCCGGUUCUAUUGUCGGAACAGUAA